CAUCAUCAAGUUCGCUGCUGUUCCAAAAGCAGAAAUGACUGUACUCCCAUCCUCCCGUUCUUGGGAAGUCCGGACUCUCGCGUGGACUUGCCAAGUCCGAACUUGCCAAGUCCACAAGUCCGAACUGCCGAACUUGAGUACUGAGAAACGGCUUGUCUGUGUAUAUGAACGCUGGGUGUUCAUUUUGAAAGGGUGUACCGGAUGUGUUGUGACGUUUCAUAUGUGACUUGACGGUGCUCGUUGGAAAAGGCGUAGCUAGUAAACAUCAGAGAACGGACACCACAACCUGAAAACACCGACUCAUCACAGACCAUCUUCGGGUCAAACGGAGCCUGUCGGUGUCGUCCGGUCUGCGGUAACCGUCCGUGGUUGUCACGGUAACUGACAGCGGCCAGAAAAUCAACAACUGUCGGGGCGUUAGCCAGCUAGCUAGCUAGCAUAGCCACCUAGCCGUAGCAGCAGCCGCAGCUAGCAUUAGCAUUAGCAUUAGCAUCGUCAGACGGUGAAGAUGAUAGCGCUCAUUAACAAACUGCUGGACUGGUUCAAGGCGCUGUUCUGGAAGGAGGAGAUGGAACUGACCCUGGUGGGGCUGCAGUACUCCGGGAAGACCACCUUCGUUAACGUCAUAGCGUCUGGACAGUUCAGUGAAGACAUGAUUCCAACAGUCGGAUUCAACAUGAGGAAAAUCACCAAGGGCAACGUCACCAUCAAGUUGUGGGACAUCGGAGGACAGCCUAGGUUCAGGAGCAUGUGGGAGCGUUACUGUCGAGGAGUCAGCGCUAUCGUGUACAUGGUGGACGCAGCAGACCCAGAGAAGAUCGAAGCCUCCAAGAACGAACUCCACAACCUGCUGGACAAACCGCAGCUGCAGGGGAUUCCUGUUCUGGUUCUGGGUAAUAAGAGGGACCUACCAGGAGCUCUGGAUGAGAAGGAGCUCAUAGAACGGAUGAACCUGUCGGCCAUCCAGGACAGGGAGAUCUGCUGUUACUCUAUCUCCUGCAAGGAGAAAGACAACAUCGACAUCACUCUUCAGUGGUUGAUCCAACACUCCAGGACUAAGAGGAGUUCCUGAGAGCAGACACGCCCCCCAGCAGAAUAGGCCACACCCACCUGCCCUAACACACACACACACACACACACACAUAUACACACACAUACACACUCUUUGAUCACCUCCCCUUCAGAAAACUUUGCUCAUAAGCCCCACCCUCUCCCAUCAACCCUAUCCUGACCCCCCGUUACUGUCCGUUACUUCUGACCUGACACACCGACGUCCCCUUUCUGUUUCCUGUUGAACCGAAUAUCAAACUGUGACGAGCCUCCUCAUCUACUUCCUGUUUCCUCUUAACACACAGCACACCUGUGUGUUAGUACACACCUGUGUGUUGGUGCACAGGCAGUUAAGAGCAGAUGUCCAUCAGGAUCUCAGCUGACCUUUAUCUUCAGGUCGUGCGUUUCACUGACUGGUGCUUCUUCUCUGUAAAGGUCUGUCACAGGUGACGUCACCAUCUGGUCCACAGGUGAUAUUAUCUGAAGUUAAAGUUUCACCCAAAUCACUGAACAUUUUCAGGUUCUGCAGAUCCUCAGAAAAACUUAAAAAGAAGCUUCAUGAAUUGAAAAAUAAAACCUGAGCUGGUUUUAAAUCAAAUUCUCUGCAAGAUGUUCAGACGCAGGAUUUUAUCCAUGUUUUUAUUUUGGCUUUGUUUUGUGAAAUCCUAAAAUAAUUUAUAACAUGUAUUUUUUAAAAAAAUAAUUUAUCGAGUCCAUCCUCUGAAACCCGUGAAGGCAGAGUGAGAUGGAAACUAGCUGACGGACGCCACGUAGUUCCCAACAGGUCGUUUUUUAUGUUAACGUUAACACUUGGGUGAAAAUCGUCUUUAACACAAAGAAACUAAUGUUUUAUUUUUUCUGCUCUUUUUUAUUUUAAAAUUGGUCUUAAAUUUGAUCCUGAGUGAUGUCAGAAAGUUUUAAAAAGUUUUAAUUUGUCUCGAAGUUUCAACAGUCGAAAACAGUCGACAGUAAACUCUGUGAUGUUCAAAUGGAUCAGAAGAAGAAAUCAGAUUUUAUAUUUUUAUGUUUGAUACGUGAAACAGAAACGUGUCGUCGGUGCGUCUUCACAGAUCCACACAACCUGAACAACUCUUAACAUUGUUAGCAUCGUUAGCUGGAGCCUGUUGUGUGGAUCCUCAAGUUUUCCCAUGAUCCUCCACUCCCUCCUGCCCCCCGUAAACACUGAGGCUCCUCUUCCUUCCUCUUCCUCCUCUUCCUCCUCCUUGUCUCUUAUAAACGGCUUGUCCUCCUCUGUAUUCCCUCUUUCCUUCCUUCCUUUCUUAUUUUUGGAUGUUACCUACUUUCUCCUCGUCGCCAAGCCCCGCCCCUCACCGUCUGUCAGCCUCUCUCCAGCCGAGCGAGGGAUUAAAACUUUUUAUUGCACUGUUGAUUUUGUUUUUGUAAAAUAUUAAUAAUGAGAAUAAUGUUAAUAAUCUUCUUUUUGAGACAUAACCUGGUCGGUCCAGAUUUAACAAAGUGGUACGAAGAAGAAGAAGAAAAGUUUUUUCCGUUCAACGUUUUUAUUUCUUUUUUAUCUGUAUUAUUUUUUUACUGUUUUUUUUUUUUUUCUUUUGUUCGACUUUAUAAGUCUGAUGUGUCAGUGUUUUCUGUUCUGAGACGUCUGCUGAUUGGACCGGGGCCGUCACCUGAUCAAACACAACGUUCACGUUGUGAUGUCAUGAAUUCAUCAUUAAAACGCAGUCAUGUUAAAUGUUAGUUUUAUUUCCAAGAUUUUUUGGUCACACAUUUUAUUUAGGCGAUCCUCGCACUCAUUAAAUGCACAUCCUCUUCAUCAGAUCAUGUGAUCAGAGUGUCAGUCACACCCCUUUGUACAAAGGUCGUCAUCCGCUUUACGCUUUCAUCCUCAUUCUGCGUUUAUUUCCUGUUUGUUUCAUUUACAACACGUUCGGACGUGCCCUGGUCCUGACAGCAGCCAAUCAGAUCGCAGAACAAACAGGAAAAGGAAGGAACAUUUACAUGUCUGUUUGUUGUUCUGUACUGAGAUCAUUUUGUUUCAGAGCGGUCAAACUGUCAGCACUGAGAUUAAAUCUGCCUCACACUGUCAGGUUGAACACGAUCCGUGCAGCUUCACAGUGACCGCCACUUCACUUCCUGCUCCGCCCGUUUUAUCAAGGAAGUAACUAAAGAUUAUUUUCAGUAUUUUCAUGAACCUGCUGAAAGUCUGCUGAUGUAUUAAAAGUCUGUCACGUGUCCCUGGAAUCGAGACAACAGGUGGUGUGUUAUGUCCAGUUUACUGUGAUGUGACAAUACAAAAGACGAGGAAGUUAUCCUUAUAUUUCCUGUUGAUUAUCUCAGCAUCCAUUUUACACGGGGUUACGAACCCCAGCUGAACUCAUUCAGUCAAAUCAGUGGUCAGUUUUUAAAAAUCACGCCUGCUUCAUGGCUCCAACAUGUUUUACAGACGUGUGGACCUUCAGCGGAGAGCAGGUGUGUCGGAGUGAACCACCUGAGCUGAGCUGGUGACGUCUCAGUCACGAGCAUUCUCGUGGGAAAGGAUGUGAAUUCAGUUUAAGUUAUAACUCCUGAGAAUUCAAAUUCAUCUCCCAACAAGGUGAGAUUGAACCAAUGACAGCAGGAGAUGAAACUCAGAGUUUGAUCCUGUCACAGUCGUUUAUAGAUGAAGUCUUUCAGGUGUAGUUUAUCUGAUGGAGUCCAACACCUGUCAUCAGUGAGUCUUUCACACACAGGUUAUCCUGAUAAUAAUAUUUAGUGACCAGCAGCUGAAGCUGUCAGACGACCGUGUUUAACCCGACAGUAGGAGGUUGAUACUUGGAGCCGUCGGUCUGAAGCAGCCGGAGAUUCACUGAUCAAACAACAACAAGCACAACUCACCGACCGGACAGCGUUUAACUCAAACACGUACAAACUGAACUGAAAAUCCUCUCCGGCUGCUCCAGCAUUCAGGUUCUGGUGUUUUCUGUCUGACUCCUCCUGAUCCUCUGGUGACAUCAUUGAUCUGUUGAUCAGCCAGCACAGUGAUUAUUUCUUAUCAAGGCCGCCAGACUGCAGCGGGAGCUUCAGCGUCACACGUCGUCUUUUUUUAAUAUUUGAAUAAUAUCCAGCAGAGACUUAACGUGGUGUGAAACAGGAUGUUGUGAUGUAGAGACACAGACUCAGAGAGGUUCAGUACGCUUCAGACAAACUUGUUUAAAGAAUGAUGGCGUCCUGUUUGAACACGUCUUAAAGCUCCAGUGUGUCAGAAUCUAAUCUAAUGGUUGUGUUCUGGUUCCCUCAGAAUGAGACGUUUAUAUCUACACGGGGAGCAGAUCCUCGUUUACAGAGAUCACCAUGUUGCACCGCCAUGUUUCUACAGUAGCCCAGAACAGACCAACCAAACACGGACUGUAGAUAGAGACAUUCAUGUGUUCAUGUCGUAGGUGGGGGGAUGAAGAGAGAUGACACUAAAUUAACAUGCCACUCCUGUAAGGAAGAAACCAUGAACAGUUGAGACGGGUUAAGAGCACACGCUCAGACGCCUCUCAGACAUUCCUGGUGCUUCAUUCAGACGUUCACAUCAAACAUGACACAUAGAAGUAAGACCCAUGUUUUCGUAAAUGGUUGGACGCCGCUUGUCCAAUUACAGUGUGGGAAGAAGAUUUCAGGCACCGUUUGAUCUGACAAGCAGUUUGAAGCGUAUUGACGUCCUCAGGCCACCAGCUCGAUCCAGUUUCCUAAAUGUAUUUUUUAGUAAUCCUGUUAACACUAAAACCGUCUUGUGUUCAUUGUUUGAGCGCAGAGGAACGUGAGGUCAGACCCUGAGGUGGACACGUCUCCUGGUAAACUCUGAUUCACCAGCCACUUUGACCAGUUUACCAGCUGACAAGUGUCCGUUACAGCCAAGCGGCACCUUCAGACGACCGCUGUGGGUAUUUAUCAGGUCCAACGUGUGAAUGCUGAAGUCUCCCCUGCAGCUGUGUUCUGAUUGGCUCUGGUCUCUUCUGUUUGCAUGCUAAGGGCAGGGAUCGUAUUUAUGUGGGACCUGAUGAAGGAACUGGUUAAUCUGGUGCAACCUCGCCAAUGAGACAGCCAUAAUGCAACGAGUCGACCUGAAUAUUAACUACAGAUCAGUAAAGUAAGGACACAACAGGAAGUCUACUACAAACAGUGCAAUAAAACAAACUGUGUCUUCACAUGCGACUUCCUGUCCGAGGACAAUAACAGAAUGACCAUGUGCUAACAGAACUUAUCACAGAUGAUUCGCUGCUUUAUGGUUGUCGUGUUGGAAAGUCUGCCCAGAUUUUUUAAUGACGUCCUGUGAUCCUGCACAAACAAACUCUGUGAUCCUGUAUGCUCGUUUCCUCAUCAGAAAACGCAGAUCUCUGCAGUCACCGCCAGAACACGACAAAUCCAGACAGAACGCUGAGCGCCACAAAACCAGACGGAUCCUCUUUGUCAUCACGUCGAGAAAAAAUCAGAAACAAUGAAACUGGAAACCUUUGACAGAAUCUAAACUACCAACCUUUUUAUUCUUAAGAUAACGCUCCUUGGAAUCAUCAUCAUCAUCAUUUUAUAACAACCUGAACAACCUAUUGUAAAAAAAAACAAAAAACGUACAACUGAAACCUUAAAAACAUGUCGACACAUGAGCGUCAACCUCAGAAAGCUUUCAUCCGAGUCACGCCAUCUUUAUCAGCAGAUUUUGUUCCUCAGUCAGACUUAAAGAUCCGAUGUAUCCUUACCUGCAGGACGUUCUGACAGUCCAACGGUGUUCGAGUUCGAGUUAGUUUGAGGUAGGGUUAAAGUUCGGGUCAGGAUUAAAGUUAGGAUUAGGGUCAGUACAUUUCUGGUGGAAGGAGGGUCAUGGAUUUUCCUCCUCUGAUAAAUAAAGAACAGUUCCUAAGUAUCAUCUAAUUGUCAAAGUUUCAUAGAGGUGAUUUAUUUAUUUAUUAUCUAUAAAACAGAGUCAUAGCCACCGAUGGUUACAUAAAAGGAAUUAAAGUUUAAAUUUGAAGAGAAGUUUGAGGUAUCGUGAUGAGUGGUGCUCUGGGCGGGUUCGUCUGGUUCUGUUGUUGAUCUGUAGUUUUGGUGUAGAUGCGUUGCCGUGUCGUGUCGAGGUUUGUACGUGCAGCGUGAACACGCUGAGACGGCCGGUCAGUUUGAACCUGUUUGUACAUUAUUGUUUAAUUCAGUUGAUAUAAUGUGUUUUAAUAGAAACAUGCUUGUGUAUGAUACUAAUUAAAUACUAUGGAGAAACAACA